GGGGGCCCCCCCCCGGCCCCUGCCAGGUCCUAUCUGCUCAAACUGUCUGCUCAGUCCCUGCAACCCACCUCCGCCAUGGGAGACGGUCUGGAGGCUGGCAGCAGCCAGAACCCUCCCUCUGCCCCGCCGCCUCUCUCCUUCAACCCCCCAGCCCCGGAAAUAUGGAACCCCUCCAGACCCAAACGACAGACCAACCAGCUGCAGUUCCUGCUUAAAGAGGUGUUGAAGACUUUGUGGAAACAUAACUUUGCGUGGCCCUUCCAGGCUCCUGUAGAUGCCAUCAAACUCGGUUUACCUGACUACUACAAGAUCAUCAAGAUCCCGAUGGACAUGGGCACAAUAAAGAAACGUCUGGAGAACAACUACUACUGGAACGCCCAGGACUGCAUCCAAGACUUCAACACGAUGUUCACAAACUGCUACAUCUACAACAAGCCUGGGGACGAUAUUGUCCUAAUGGCGGAGGCCUUGGAAAAAGUCUUUCUGCACAAGAUCACGGAGAUGCCGCAGGAGGAGUCGGAGAUGGCUGUGGUCACCAAGGGACGCCGCGGGGGCAGACGGGAGCCAGGUCUGAUCACAAAGUCCGACUCGGGCCAGGACUCCUCGUCGCCCUCCACCUCCCCCCACACACGGGGCUUCUCACCCCCCUCCACCACCCCGCAGACUCGUACAGUGCCCAUCCUUCAGGGCCCCCCCGCCCUGUCCCUAGCCCAACCUCUGGCCCAGCCUCAGCCCCCCCGCGUGCCUCCUACACCCACCUCCCACGCGCCUCACCUGGGACCCCCGUUUCCCCUCUCAACACCUGAAGUCCUGUCCCAGUGCAUGACCUCUGUUCCCCCCUCAGCUCCGACGCACCCUGGCCUCCAUCCCGCCCCGAUGCUGCAGAGCGCCCCCUCCCUCAUCAAGCAGAGGAAGAGCCAGAAGAGGAAAGCAGACACCACCACGCCCACCGCCAACGACCAGCUCAGUGAAUCUUCUCCCGUCUCUGCGGAGACUCGUCUGCGGCGAGAGAGCGGUCGGCCUUCGAAGACGCCCAAAAAAGAGACGUCUCAGCCGGACUCUCAGCAUCACCCGGGGGGCGGUUUGGAGACGGCGGGGGGGGCGGUGACGCAGACGCAGACUCGGCAGGAGCAGCUGCGUUCCUGCUCGCGCGUCCUUAAAGAGUUGUUGUCCAAGAAGCACAACGGCUACGCCUGGCCCUUCUACAAGCCCGUCGACGCCAAAGCACUCGGCCUGCACGACUACCACGACAUCAUCAAGCACCCCAUGGACCUCAGCAACAUCAAGAAGAAGCUUGACAACCGGCAGUACAGAGACGCUCAGGAGUUUGCAGCAGACGUCCGGAUGAUGUUCUCCAACUGUUACAAGUACAACCCCCCCGACCAUGAUGUGGUUGGCAUGGCGCGCAAAUUACAGGACGUGUUUGAGAUGCGUUUUGCCAAAAUGCCAGAUGAGCCAGAGGAGCCCGCCCCUGUUCCCACCCCGUCGUCGGCCCUCCACCCCACCCCCUCCGCUCGACAAGCCCCGCCUCCUCUCGCCGUCUCGGAAGACGACGGCUCCAGUUCCUCCGAGUCGGAGUCCUCGGGAGCAGACUCGGAGCACGAAAGGCAACACCGAUUGGCUGAGUUACAGGAACAGCUGAAGGCUGUGCACGAGCAGCUGGCAGCGCUCGCCCAGCCCCCCGUCUGCAAGCCCAAGAAGAAGGAGAAGGAGAAGGAGAAGGAGAGGGAGAGGAAGGAGAAAGAGAAGGAGAAGAAGAAGCACAAGAGGAAGAUGGGAGCGGAGGAACCUGUGGAGGCCCCUCCCUCAGUGAUGCUGCAGACGUCUAAGAAGAACAAGAGCAGCAAGGAGCCGAUCGUUGUGAAGAAGGACAGGAAGAAGCCCGGAAAGAAGGAGUUUAAAAACAGUCGCCCAGUCGUGGCUUCCCAACCGGGGCCGACCCCCCUCGUGCCCUCAGCCUCUCUCGAAGCAGAAGAUGAACUGGAUGUAUUUGGGGGCGUGUCCUCCGACAGGUGCAGGCCGAUGUCAUACGAGGAGAAGCGCCAGCUGAGCCUGGACAUCAACAAGUUGCCUGGCGACAAGCUGGGCCGCGUCGUGCACAUCAUCCAAACACGCGAACCUUCGCUGAAGAACUCCAACCCGGACGAGAUCGAGAUCGACUUCGAGACGCUGAAGCCCUCCACGCUGAGAGAGCUGGAGAAAUACGUUUCCAGCUGCCUCAAGAAGAAGAAAAAGGCGUCAGCAGAGAAGCCUCUGGAAACCACGAACGUGACAAAGAUGAAGAUGGGAUCCUCGUCUUCAGGCAGCAGUGACUCCUCCGACAGUGAAGACUCUGAGAUUGGGCUGGUUCCCAAGCUGCAGAGGAAGAUCUCCACUAGCAAAGAGCCCAAGAGGCUGCACCCUCUGUCCCUCAGUACAGCUCCUCAGCCGCCGCCACCACCGCCACCGCCGCCACCGCCACCGCCUCAAGUGGUCCAGUCCAAGCCCCCCCCUGUGCAGUCUCUGGAAGCCUCGCAGAUCAUGGCCUCAGGGUUUGAUCCUCUGGCUCAAUUCAUGAACCCUCACCUGACGCAGCCAAAACCCGAGCCCCCCCCCAACAUUACUACUGCCGGGGCCCCCGCCGCGUCCGCCCUCCUCAACGCAAACACACCCAGUGGCCCAAUGUCCAGUGAGACGCACCUGUUCCUGCACCAACACCCCACCACACCUUCACCAGCCAUCCACAACGCUCUGCCCCAGCAGCCAUCACGCCCGAGCAACCGAGCAGCGCCACUUCCUCCAAAACCCCCCCAGCCUCCCCCGUCCACGCUGCCCUCCCUGCCUUCAUCCUCCUCGCCGCAGCUUCAGCCGUCGCUCCCGCUCCCCCAGCCCGUCCCUCGCCCCCGCGUCCCUUCGCCCCCGUCGCACGGCAUCCUGGGAACCCUCUCUUCACAACCUCCCCAAGCCCUGCUGGAGGACGACGAUGAGCCGACGCCCACCAACGCUCAAACACCCCCCCUCAGUCAAGUCCACACCUUCCUGCAGUCGCUGCAGGCUCGACCCGCCGCGCAGCCGCUACAAACGCCCUCGCCUGCGCAGGGCGCCUCUCAGCUUAUGCGCGGGCAGGCUGUGACGACACCCCCUCCCGCCCUGACACAGAGACACAUCUCGGGCCACGCGCACAUGCGCCCGGCGAUCCCUCAGACACAUAUGCCGACAUCCCAGCAGCAGAAGGGGGUCGCCCUGCAGCAGAAGGUGCAACAGAUGCAGCAACAUCUACAGCAGAAGCAGCCGUCGCCGCGCAGCAAAGCUGAGCCUUUCUCAGGUUGCCUGCAUGAGAGCCCGUCUCCCCUGAUGCAUUCUCCUCAGAUGCCUCAGUUCCACGCGAUGGGACAGCCGUCACCUUCUCACGCCAGGAAACACGAGCAGAGGUCCAACCAGCUGCCGCUCAAAGAAGAGAAACCCUCCCAGUCUCCGGUGCUGCCCCCCCCGCCCUUCAGCCCCGCCCUGCGUCAGGACUCACACAAACACGACAGCAAACACAGAUCAGACCUGAAACCAGUGGACGCUCCUCGUCUCCCAGAAUCCCCAGCUCCGCCCUGCUCCCAGCAAGACAUCAAAAUCAAGCAAGAGCCCAAAACUCCCAUCGCUCCGAAGAAGACUCAGGAGGUGAAGGUGAAGAACAUGGGCUCCUGGGCCAGCCUGGCUCAGAGGUCACAGUCCACGCCGGCGUCCUCCGUGCGCUCCUCCAGCGACAGCUUCGAGCAGUUCAGACGCGCCGCCAGAGAGAAGGAAGAGCGAGAGCGGCAGCUGAAAGCUCAGGCUGAGCAGGCUCGCAGGGAGCAGGAGAAGCUCCGUAACCGUGACGAAGAUGACACCCCUGAGCAGACUCGGCGAGCACGAGAGGACGCCCGCCGUCGCCCUGAGCAACAGUCCCCUCUGGCUCCCACCCCGCCGGCCUCCACCCCGCCCACUCACUCUCCGCAGGCCCCGCCCACACAGCAGCAGGCCCCGCCCCCUCCCUCCCCAGCCGCUCUCGACCAGAGGGAGAUGGAACGCCGCCGCGAGCAGGAGCGGCGCCGAAGAGAAGCGAUGGCCGACACCAUCGACAUAAACUUCCAGAGCGACCUGAUGGCCAUAUUUGAAGAGAAUCUGUUCUGAGAGGGAGGAGAGACGGACCUGUAGACACACAGGCAGAUACACACACAUGCAGAUAAACCACAACGCUCUGAUCCACACACACACUCCCUCUCUCAGUAGUUGAAACAGCUGGCUUGUGUCAUGUGAGUGAGAGCGGGGAAGUGAACUAGAAAUGAGCGUCCCUCUCUCUCCUCCAGCCUCGGAUACGUUUUGGUGUUUCUGGUUGGAUAAUGAUGAGAUGGUCGUCAGGGGAAACGCUCGGCACAGAACUUUAAAAAACUAAACAUGGCGGCGAAGAGGAAGAAUUAAUUUAAUAAAUGAAAAUUACAAACACCUUAUUCUGUAAAGUGUGAGCGAGCAGGUGUUCCCUCGGAUCUCGUCUCUUUUUUAAAUUUGAAGUUGGAUUUUACCUGUGGGGGGGGCGGGGGGUUCAGAGGUCACCUGAGUGUUGUUUUCCUCAGGACGCGGUGGGAACGCAACACAUCACACACUUUUCUAAGACUUCACUUCCUGCUAAUUCUCUCUUCACUAAUUGGAGAGGGGGGGGGACCUUUGCCUUAGUGCUGUCUGGCCUGUAAACUCACAAUCACCCUACAAAUUAUACAUAUUAUAUAUAUAAAUAUAUAAAUAGAUACAUGAAUAUAUAUUAUAUACGACGAAAUGAAAAUGAAAAGGAAGGUGAGGAAUCUGAAUCCUGGGAGCGACGCUCGGAGGUUUGAUUUUGUAGAAUUUACUGUAAAGAAGAAACUUUUGUAAAAUGAUUGAGUUUCGUCUGUUCUCUCGUACCUUUCUUCUCGACUCUAUGCCAAAUCCAAUCUGUUGAGUGCUGAAAGUUCACAUUUUUUACAUUUAAAAUGCAUCUUCUUUUCACUUUAUAUUAAAGGCUAUGUUUUUAUUGCUAUUUAAUUUCGUCCUCUUUUUAAAUCUGCAGUUACGCAGCAGGUCUAGUUUGAGGAAGCGUGUGCAUUACAUCAUUACAUCUUUUUUAUUUCAUGUUUUUAUCCAUCUCGUCCUCCGUCUCCCUCCCGUCUGUGUUAUAGCUUCCUGUCCGUCUUCCUUUUGCUUUUUAUUCUCAAAUGUUCAGUAACUGUGUUUGGGAUGUCGUGUGCCAUUUGUGUUUUCUGGAAGCGGGAGAUUUUCCCGGUUUCCGUUAGUUUGGCCCAGAGAUCUGUGAGUGUUUUCAAAUCUAUAAUCGCUUUUUUAUUUUUAAUGUUUCAUUCUUUUCUUUUCUCUUUUCAUAUUUGAUUGUUUUGACUUUAGUUUUCUUCUCCUCUUGUUUAUUUCCCUGCAGAACAACCUGUUGGUAUGUUGGUGAGUGAGGCUUUGAGGUCAAUACAUUCAUCUUGUUCAGAUUAUGGAGUGCAGCUUCUUUUUUUAAGAAAAGUAUUAAAAUAAUAUUUAAAAACAAA